UAGACUAGCGUUUUGUUUUAUUUAUUACAUUUUCACAAACACAUUUUUGUUUGUAAUGGAAGAAAUUAUCGAUUUCAUUGUAUCCCAGGAGCAGUGAAAAACCAAAACAUUACCAAACAAGCGAUUGAUUGAACUACACAACAUUGCACUCAAGUGAAAUUAAUGAUAAUAAUUAAGUACUUUAAUACGUAAUAGAGAGAAAAAAAAACUGUACGAAAGAAUCGAUUUUUAUCAAACGAAUAGUGUGCCAUCGUCAUAUUAGUUGAGUGAAUAAGAUUUUAUAUUUUAAACGCGAUUAUAGACACGAAACAACGACAAAAUGGCAUUCGGGGCAAUGGCAAUACGUAAUAAGGCUCCAAGAAGAGCAAAACAACCACCACCAAAAUUGACUCAUUCUUCUCAGUACAUCACCGAUGAGAUGCUAUCUCCCUACGUUCCGAGCUUUUUGCCCACUUCACAAGUUGAACUGACCAUAAGCUGCAAGGAUCUACUGAGCACGCAUACGAUUCGAAAUAAAUCGGAUCCAUUCUGUGUUGUGUCCAUGAGAAGACCGUGGCAAGAUAAAUGGAAGGAGAUUGCUCGCACCGAAACGAUUGAAAAUACGCAUAAUCCACAGUGGAUGAAGAAAGUUAUCUUGGAUUAUAAUUUCGAAACCAUACAAAAUAUCAAGUUCGAUAUUCGUGACAAGGACUUGAAAGCGGGCGAGUUCUUGGGCCGUUACGAAACAACUUUGAGCGAAUUGGUGGCUAGCUAUGGUUGUCAGUCCAUUGGAAAACUCAUCGCUAAAACCGAUGGAGUGGGUCAUAGCGAUUGUGGCGAAAUCAUAGUCGUGUGUGAAGAAGUGGUGAGCUGCAAACAAAUUGUCCAGAUUCAAUUUCAGGCUGAAAAUUUGCCGAAACCUUCGUGGCUGCGUGGCAACGAUCCGUUUUUGGUUAUUUUACGGUCAAACGAAGACGCUUCUUAUUCCAUUGUUACAUGUACUGAACCGGAGCAUUCAACUCAAGAUCCAAUUUGGAAGCCAAUCACCAUUCGUGCGACAAAUCUGUGCAACGGUGAUUUUACAAGAUCCAUCAAAAUGGAUUGCUACAACUAUAGAGACAAUGGAAAGCACAAGCUGAUUGGCUCAUGCUACGCAUCUGUUUACAACAUGAAAACGAUGCAUGAGAACGAAGAGACAAGGGAAUUGGUGAAUGAAGAAAAAAUGAAGACGAAGCCAGGCUAUGUUCCAUCUGGUGUGCUUGAAGUUGCAAAUAUUGAAAUUACGGAAGAAAUCACGUUUUUAGAUUACAUUCGUAACGGAACUCAAAUGCACUUUGCUGUGGCCAUCGAUUUUACUGCAUCGAACGGUGUACAUACAGAUCCGAAAUCGUUGCAUCAUCUGAGCGACGAUCACAUGAACAGCUAUGAAAUUGCAUUGCGCGGCAUCGGAGACAUCAUACAGCAAUAUGACAACUCUGGUCUAUUUCCAGCUUUUGGCUUUGGUGCCAAAACACCUCCAUCCAAUCAAGUUUCAUUCCAGUUUCCUCUAAACGGGAACGCACAGCACCCUUACUGCACCAAUAUCGAAGAGAUUGUCAAGCAUUAUCGUGAUCAAUUGAACGUUGUAGAGCUCUAUGGACCAACUAAUUUUGCACCUGUCAUAAACGACACCAUUUCCAUCGCAAAGGGAUUUCAAGAUGGAAAACAUUACUUUGUCCUCUUAAUCAUAACAGAUGGUGUUAUAUCUGAUAUGAUUCGAACCAAAAAGGCCAUAAUUGAAGCUUCGAAAUUGCCCAUUUCAAUUAUUAUUGUGGGCGUUGGUGAUGAUAACUUUGAAGCCAUGGAAGAGCUGGAUUCGGAUAAUGUUUGUUUGACCGUCGAUGAUUUGGUUGCAGAACGAGAUAUCGUGCAGUUUGUGCCGUUGAAUAGUUUCUUAUCGAAAGAUGGCGAACAUAUCAAAUCGCAGUCGGCAUUGGCAGAGGAGGUCCUUGCAGAAAUACCACAGCAGCUGACUUCUUAUAUGAAUUCAUGUGGAUAUAAACCGGAGAUACCAUCAAGCAUGCCACCAAAUCCAUCGGUUAUAGUGCCCACUGCACCCAGACCGACAGAGUCAGAUGUUUAAAUGAAACAUUUCAAAGCUUUUCAAUACAUGUUAAGGAACCAAGUUAUUACAACGAAAACAAAUACCACACGUAGUUAGCAACGGUAGCUCAGCGGCGACCAGACAGUUGUCGCUACUAGGGUAGAAGCAUGAGAGCAGAAAAGAAGAAGCAUAAAUAAGAUGUUUACUUCUUCUUCUAUUCUUCCUUCUCUACUCUUAUUCUUCUGUACUAGUAGCGACAACUGCCUGAUCACCGCUGAACUACCGUUGCUACGAACUCACAAUGUCUAUGGAACGAUGUGAUAUGUGGCGCAACUAGGUGAUGGCCGCAGAAGUUCUGUCAAAAUUUAUACACAACCAACUUGACAUUCAGUUACAUAGUUCAGCUAACCCAUAGUACAUCCAUCCAUGGGCUAGGUGCGCCACCAGCGUGAAAAAAUAUGACAGUAUAUGAUUAAUACACAGCACAUUGUGAGUUCGGUUGCUACGUGUGACAAAUACUAAUAAUCAAAAUUGUCGAAUCAUUUUCCUCGAUACAAAUUUUAAAAUAUUCAACAUAAUGUGGCUUAGGAGUGAUCACUGAUCCGUUAUCAUUGAUAACUUAUCAAUGAUGACUAUAUUACUCAGUAACAGGUUCGUGGUGUCAAUAAUUUUAUUUUAUUUUUAUUUUAUUUUUUAUUGAGUAUGAGGUGUAAAUAACGGGAAAAAUCCCUUUUACAAUUUAUCACCUAUAGUUUGUUUUUACAAUUUGAUAGUUACUUUGGUCAAAGCAUUUAAACAUUUCAGUCAAAAUUAAAAAAGAAAAUUGAAAAGUGAGUGAAUAAGAAAAAAGUAAAUUUAGAUUUUUAUGAAAGAAAAUAAUAUAUUAAAUACGUCACUCUGGUUUUCCAAGGAGAUUUUUUUCUAUGGCUGUUCGAUUUAAAUGGAUCUUAACGAUGUUUCAGAAGAGAAUAAUAAUAGGCUUAAAAGCCCAAUGAUAUCUAAUUUUUAAUGAAAUUUCCACGAAUAAUUAUAAAAAUAUUACGGACCUAGAAUCAACGAUUAUUUACGAAAUGAAAAACAAUUAGUUACCUCAUAAGUAUAAAUGUAAGCACAAAACCAAAGCGGGUAUUGUCACGAUAUAAUUCCGAUCGUUCCUUGGUUCGUUGUUGUGUUUCGAACAUUGACUGUAAUCGUUGCUUCUAAUUAUUAACCGUGUUUUCGCUUGCUUUACGCGUGUUUUGCUUUUUGCCCUCAUUAAAAACGACUAAAAUAUUAUGAUAAAUUGAAAAAAUUAGUAAAAGAUUCUAAAAAAGCUAACGAAUAAAAAAAAAUUAGGUAUAAAUUUAAAA